AUGAUAAGGGACUCACAGUACUGUAUUAAGCUGCCUGGGAAAAUCGUUUUGACACAGUCAAAUUGCUUUUCGAACGGCGCAGAUUUAUUGGCUAGAGAUAAUGAAGGCUCGAUGGCCCUACAUUUUGCUGACGAGUGUGGUCAUCUGGAUACAACCAUAUUCCUUCUUGAACAGGGCGUACAAGUCGAUGUUGGUGAUAACGACAACAGCACGCCACUGCAUUUGGCCGCCAUGGCUGGCCAGUUGGCCGUUGUGGAAUAUCUCGUGAAACUCAGCGGUGAUGUCAAUUUCAAAGACAGCAAUGGUCGCACGGCAUUGCAUUUUGCUGCCUGGAACGGACGCCUGGAUAUAAUCAAUUUCCUCCUUGAAAUAGGUGCCGAUUUAAAUAUUAGAGAUAUAGAUGGCCUUACGGAACUGCACGUUGCUACCGUUAAUGAUAAAUUCGACACAGCUGAAUUCUUACUUGAAUUGGGUGUAGAUUUUUGUAUUGAAAAUGAUGCCUGGUAUAUUAUCGCGAAGUAUGGACAAUUAUCGGUCGUUGUCGAAAGUCUCGUGGAAACCUGCGGUGAUGUCAAUAUCAAAGAUGACAAUGGCCGAACACCACUGCAUUUUGCUGCUGCAAAGGGUCAUGUGGCUGUUGUUGAAUUUCUCGUAGAUGUCAACGAUGAUGUCAAUAUCACGGGCGACAACGGACGCACGCCGCUGCAUUUACCUGUCUCGAAUGGUCGCUUAGAGACAGUUAAAUUCCUUCUUCAACUAGAUGCAGACAUCAAUAUUAGGGAUAAAGAUGGCAACACAGCACAGCAGCUCAACGGUCAUUUUCUUCAGAUUAUUUUCAUGACUAUUUCUAUGCUCACACAUAGUUCUUCCACUUUAGUUUCAUGCACCGAGAAAUGCAGCUUUACGAUAUUAUCGCCGGACAGGAAGUAUCACUAUUUAGAAGUCAUGGCAUGUCAAAUAGGUAUCUAA